GUCACUUCCUCGUCCAUGCCCAUCCCUUUGGAAAAAAAAAGUCUCACACUGAACCGACGGCGUGAAAAAGAACGAGGGAAAGUCGAGAAGGCAACCUAAACUAGCUGAAAUUGUUGUGAAAAGUCAUUUCACUGAGGAGAAAGACUACCGAACUGUUCUUCAAACAGAUAUGCCGCUUCACAAAUCAUCCCGGGCCCCCCGCCUGGACCCCACCAUGAUCUCAGCCCCGCUGGGUGACUUUCGCCACACCAUGCACAUUGGAAGAGGAGGUGACGCGUUUGGUGACACCUCCUUCCUGUCCACGCUUGGUCCCAGACCACCCAGCGCUGACCUUGGGGGUCCUGCAGGCCCUUCAUCGAUGGAUUCUUCAGUGAACCACCUUCAAUCAGAACCACUGGACACCACACCAAACAAUGAAUCUGAGCAUCUGGAGUCAGUGUCAUCGUUGACUCUGGACUUGGAUUUGGAUCUUGGCCCCUCAAUGCUGGGAGAUGUACUCGGGGUGAUGGAUGGAUUGAGUUUACAGGAUGAUGUGUUCAGUACCAAAAACAGCGUGGCGUCAGAAGAAGCGAAGCAGAUGGGUGACACAGAGCUGUCUGUUAGCAUACAGAAUGGGAAGAACUUUGAUGAAAGCCAGAUGGGAGACAGCAGGGUACCAGAUGUGAAUGGAAUCAAGACAAAGGGUCUGCGACCAAAAGUGAGGUUCAGCGACAAACGAGAGGAAAUAAUUCGACAGGCAUCUGAGGAGGAUGAAGGUCAGGAGUUUGACUUUCAAGAUGAUGAUCAGAUGGAACACCAUAGCCAGGGGAUGGCUGAGGUUGAGAGGGGCUCGGGUGUGGUCAGUCAAGGUGAAACAGAGUUCAACAGAGGUGAUCUGCCACCUAGUCCUGCCUCCUCUCAUAGUUCGGAAUACGAGGGAGUGACCACAUUGGACAGGAGACUGGACAGCGUCCAGUCAGAGACUGAUACAGAGGAUGAGGAGGAUGAAGGAGUGGGGCGAGGAUAUACAUUUGAAGAUGAGUUUGAUGAUGAAAUUGGUUUAUAGGAUGUUUUACUGUAUUAAUAUUGGAAAUGUGGGUGUCAGUUAAAAGAGAAUUGGAACUGGAGUACAAGAGUUGGAGUGGCUUGAAGAUGCUGUUGCUCUGCUGGAACAUAACUUCUUUUUCAUUUUCAGGAGUAUCUGACCAACCAAAGACUCAUGAACACAAGCAGCCAUUGUUCAGACAGUGAAUGAUUUGUAGCACUUUUUCUUUUAUUAUCCAAAAUGCUUAAAAUGUUUUAUUGACCAAAAGGUGCACAACAGCUGCACCAGGACAAAAGGAGAAAAGAAAUAGUUUUAAAAGUCUUACUCUACUUUGUGUUCGACUUCUUUUAUAGAAAUCACCACAAAACCUUGUAAAACGACUGUGAACUUUUCACAUUCCGUGUCUGACUAUGUCAGUUGUGAUAUGUCUAAGCAAAGCAGCUUGGUUAUUUAGCAUGUUUUCAUACCAAAGAUUUUGUUUGUGGCUGCUGGGAUGUAAAUAACAUUACGGUUCUUGUUUUUUCUUGUACAGUUUCUUGUUUGUCAUGCUGUUACAGGGAUUCAACAUUGUGCUAAGACAUGAUGACAUACCAAAUGAUCUUGUAAACAUAUGUUUAAGAAUUACAGAAAAUAAAACAAUGAGAUUUUCAAACAA